CCCGACUGUAUGCUCACACAAAUGGCGCUUAUAGAUCCAUGCAACUGAUAUCAGUGUGGGGUAAGCAAAAUCAAUAAAGCUAGUGUAGAGUUAGCAAAAUCAAUAAAGCUUGAGUUUUAUAAGUUCCUACAGCUGUGACACCUAUGGCAGACAGUCUGCUUGGAAUGUUUGCUGUAAUAUAUUGAGUUGUUAGUCACCGCAUCGCAAGAAUAUUAUUCUACAACCAGCAGAUCUCUUAGUUGUUAUAACUUAAACUUGUAUCGCUAUAGUACUCACUGAUCAAACACACAGUCUGUUCACUGUUAUCUAUCUACCUUGGCGAGUGGAUCGAGCUGAUGGGUGUCCAGUUGAAGGAAACUGGGGCCUUGUGUUGUAUGUCAUUGUUGGUGCCACGAUAACUACGCAGUCAUGCUGUUUUACCCAGCAAAACAAACAUGGAAACUGGUCGUUUUUGUGUUUGUUAAUCUCCAGUUCACACCAGGUCUUCAACAAUCACUGAACAUCACCAGCACAGCACCCUCAGCUUAUGCAGAGGACUGUCCUGACUUUGAAUUGCUAGUUCAGAUUCACUGUGGAGUUCCAGCGGAACGCGACUGCAUACUGAAGCGCUGGGUAUGUGAUGGCUAUCCAGAUUGUCCUCAGGAAAAUGAUGAAAGUCCUGCCACGUGUCAGAACACUGACCCUUGUGUGCCACAACCAUGUCAGAAUGGAGGUGUUUGCUAUGGAUUUCCAGCAAUGGAGAAUAUUUCGGUUGCUUACUUCAUCUGCAAGUGCCCUGAGCAUUUAACAGGCAUCACUUGCAGUGUUUUUAUUCCCACCACCACUGUUGCUUACUCCCCAGUGACGUCUGCUACCCCAAGUCCUAAUACCACCCUGUCAGGAUCUGCGCAGACAACAACUACAUUAAUAGUAAAUACAACGGCCAACAGCUCAACCACAGAUGACUUGACUGGAUGUGACUCAAAGCCAUGCAUGCAGGGUGCCUGUUCAGCACUGCGAGGAGGGGCCUAUUACUGCAGUUGCAUUCCAGGGUAUGGUGGUGUAAACUGUGAGAUAGUGACUCAGCCAUGUCUUUCCCAACCCUGUUUGAAUGGGGGUUUGUGCCAGGAAAACAGUACUACCUACGGAUGUGUGUGCCCUGCAGGUUUUACUGGUUUGCACUGUGAAAACAAGAUCCUGGCCUGCGAUAGUUCUCCAUGUCUUAAUGGUGCUACCUGUCAAAAUACACCAGUGGGUUUUUUGUGCACCUGUCAGAAAGGCUAUGAAGGGCUACGCUGUGAGAGUCAGACAAAUCUGUGCACUUCAAUGCCGUGUUUGUUUAACAGCACUUGCAUCCCAGGGCUGAACUCUUUUAAGUGUUUGUGCCAGCCAGGUUAUGCAGGAGAGUUUUGUGAACGUUUGCAAAUGUGUCAUGAUGGUGACCCUUGCCAAAACUUUGGGAUUUGCAUACCAGCUUUCCUAUCAUUGCUACAGCCAAGCUGUGCCUGUCUCGAUGGAUUUACUGGCAGCUGGUGUCAAAUCAAUGUGGAUGAAUGUGCCAAUAACCCAUGUGGCACUCAUGGCACAUGCAUAGACAGCAUCAACAGCUACACAUGUAACUGCAACCCUGGUUAUGUUGGAACCAACUGUGACAGAUCUAUGGAUCAAGAUCCUUGUGUACCCCAGCCAUGUCAAAAUGGUGGCUAUUGCUGUUCACGUGGAAAGCAAGGCUGUCCUGUCAAUAUGGUUGAAGGACAGUACCAGUGCUUCUGCUAUAAUGGAUAUACAGGUAGUCACUGUGAACAGUCAGUUGGAGCAUGCAUGACCAGACCUUGUCAAAAUGGAGGAGUGUGCACAUUAUCUGACUCUUCUUACCACUGCACAUGUCCACUGACCUUUACUGGGGUCAACUGCACACUGCCUAUACCCUGCGCUAGUGGGCCAUGUUUCAAUGGUGCAACAUGCAAGGAGGUUAACGAAAGUUACAUCUGUGAAUGUGGAGCUACAGCUUAUGGAGUUAACUGCCAGUUUUCACAGAGAUGUUCAAGUGAUUUUUGUUCCAAUGGAGGCAUCUGCAGGGAGACAGAAAAAGGAACAGUUUGUGAGUGUCCCCCACAGUUUACCGGCUCUCAUUGCGAAAAUCUUUGGCCUUGCAUCUCCACUCCUUGCCAGAAUGGGGGAUCUUGUAAAAACAUCUCUGUGACAGAAUUCCAGUGUCAGUGUAGGGAUGGUUUCACAGGACGUGUCUGUGAGACUGAGCUCCCUUGUCAGAGUGGACCCUGUUUGAAUGGUGGUGCAUGUGAAAAUACUGCCAGUGGCUUUGUGUGUCACUGCUUAAACAACUUUACUGGCCCCACCUGUGCCUUGCCUCCACUGUGCGCCAGUGAGCCCUGCUUGAAUGGAGGUUCAUGUGCAGAAGCUACAGGUAUUUUCCACUGCACUUGCCAGCUAGGAUUUCAGGGUGUACAAUGUGAGACCUUUCUUCCGUGCAUUAGCAGCCCUUGUGAGUUCAACUCGUCAUGCGUCAAUAUAGAUAAUACCACCUUUCACUGUCAGUGUCCCAACGGGAUCACUGGGAGCAGAUGUGAGACAAUUUUGCCAUGCAGAAGUAAUCCAUGUCUUAAUGGGGGACAGUGUACAAACCUUGACUCGAGCUACAACUGCAACUGUACCAGUGAAUUUAUAGGUGACAACUGUGAGCAAGUAUCACCUUGCCAUAAUUCCUCUUGCCUUAAUGGAGGGACAUGUGUUGUGAAUGGCAGUUCUUACACCUGUCUCUGUCCCAGAUUCUACUCUGGAGACCUCUGUGCUGAAUACAAUCCCUGCAAUAUUCUUCCUUGUCAGAAUGGAGGUAUAUGUCACAUCAAUGGAAGUCAGUUUUACUGCACGUGUCCUCAAGGUUACACAGGUACACUGUGUGAAACCUUCUCUCCGGUUUGCCAGAAUCAGCCAUGUCUUAACAAUGGCACUUGUCAGCCAAGCGGUGAUUCCUUUAUGUGCCUUUGCCCGCUGACAAGUGUUGGUGAUCGCUGCCAAAUCAGCUUCCCGUGUGGUAAUUCUCCAUGUCAAAAUAAUGGCGUGUGCAGAAACACUAAUGAAACAUACACCUGCCAGUGCCCUUCCCAUUACACUGGCAGAAACUGUGAAAUACCUUUGCCAUGCACAUCUGGACCAUGCGUGAAUGGUACCUGCAUAGAUGGUGCAGAUGGAGACUAUAGCUGUGAAUGUGUGCCCAAUUACUCAGGGAAGAAUUGUGAUGUGCAGGUACUUACCUGCAGUAAAGCUUUAUGUAUCAAUGGUGAUUGCAUCAUGCAAGAUGGAAUUAUGCAGUGUGUCUGUGAUAGUGGAUUCACAGGCACCAACUGUGGAAUACAGUCAACAGCAUGCCUGUCUCAUCCUUGCCUUAAUGGAGGAACCUGUCAUAAUGUGGGCUCUACCUUCGUCUGUGCCUGCCCUGCCAAUUACACAGGUGUACAGUGUGAGUCUGGUCUUCCACCAUGCUAUUUUGAACCUUGCCAGAAUGGCGCUCGCUGCAUAGAUCAGAGUGACACACAUUACAUCUGUUUUUGUCCUCCGGGCUUUAAGAGUGCCACAUGUGACACUGAAACAACAGCCUGUGACAGUUCUCCUUGUCUCAAUGGUGGGACAUGCCAGUUAUCUGGAAAUGGGUUUAUCUGUACCUGCCCUUCAGAAUAUGGAGGGGAGAUGUGUGAAUACAACCGUGGGUCAUGCUCUUCUGAGCCAUGUCAAAACCAUGGUACCUGUCUUAUGGCUGGCAGUGGUUACAUUUGUGUCUGUCAACCACCCUAUACAGGACAUGUAUGUGAGGCCAGUGUGGUCAGCUGCGGGAAUGGUUUUAACAGCCCAUGUGUUGGUCCUGGUGAAUGUUACACGGAUGAAGCUGGUGCUUACUGUGAGUGUGCUACUGGUUACAGUGGAAUCUUCUGCCAGAUUAAAGAUGGAAGAAAUUGUGAACCAAACCCUUGCAAUAAUGGUGGUUCCUGCCGUUCACAAAGUGGACUGAUAGUGUGUGAGUGCCCAGAGGGUUUCACUGGCGAAUACUGCAGUGAUGCUGCACAGAGCUGUGAAGGUAAUUACUGUAAUGGAGGUUUCUGUCGUGAGAAUUUCGACAACACUUUUUCAUGUCUCUGUCCACCUGGCACAAGUGGUCCACACUGCAACAUCACCUUUGGAUCUGGGAUUUGAAGACAAUGUGGAAACCAGUCAUCCCAUUACAGACUUUGGCUGUAAAGAACUUCUCCUAGGCCGUUAUGCAAAGACAUCAAAAACCAAAAUGUAACGUCAGAUGUUCUAGGAUUUUCUAAGAUGUGUUUUGUAAGAAUGACAUAUCUGUCUUGUGACCUGUUGGGAAGCUCAAUGUUGUUGAUUUAUCUGUUAAAUUUUAAAUCUUGUCAACUUGUCAUAUGGGAGGAUCACGUGUUUCUGAAUGCUCUGGUAUGAUUUCAUAAUAGUUGUACUUUAUGUUGUACUGUUCCCCUCUCCACUUAUGACCUCUACCCUUUUUCUGUGAGUGUGUGUGUUUUAAACAGAGCCUUAAAUCUUUAGCAGAUAAUUUUUUCAUUGUUAAUACAGAAUCUAGAAUAAAAUAGUUUUUAUAAAGUACCUUUUAACUUAUUUAAAAUUUUAUUGUAGCAUCACUCAGAGAGAGAGAGAGAGAAAAAGAGAAGUUAGUUUCUAAUUUUCGCUGUACUCUUAUAAUCUACAAAUAGGCAAUAAAUGGUUUCUAAAUAGUUUAAGCAAUAAAAUUUGGCACAGGCAGUGUGCAUUAGAUUAAAAUGAAACACCAAAGAAAGGCUAAAGACAUUUUCUAAGUUUAUUUUUCAAUGGAUCACCAACGCAACUUUCCACAACCAGGAACACAGAAUCCACACAAUUUAAGGUUUGAAGUUGGUGUCUCCAUACCUUAACAGUAACCAAACAUAAUCUAUCAAAACAAACCAAAAACAAUAAAACCAGACCCCCAGAAAGAAACUUGCUUCAUAGGUUGUGAUUAACUUUUGAAAGUUUACAAAAGAGGGAAAGGGAAACUACACAUAAUCUUUAACCAGUCUAAAAUUAACAUGCCUGCUUGGGUCAAACAAACAAAAACUGAUUUAAAAAGAUUCAAAUCAUCAUAAUUUAUAGGAAUCACACAGAUAAAGUACACAAAAUGAAACUAACAUGAUUUUGAAGGUGAUGGAGUUGAGGACCAAAAGAAUAAGAAGACAUACAGAUAUGUGAAAAAUUCUCCUGCCAGCUGACUGUUGGCAGACAUUAUGAGACAGAAAAUGAGAGCCAGCUUGGCUGUUUUAUCUGUCCUGAUGUAUAAAAUGACAAACCACUCAAUGGUUUGAAAAGAUCAUCCAUUUUUGAUAAGAAAAGGGAUUAAUGUUAUG